GUUCACUGUUGCCUGGUUGUCGAUUUAAAACUACUACUACUUCUUUGAGCAAUGCAGAGUCCAGCUUUUAGGUUAUACAAUUUUGGACGACUUUGAGUGGAGUUUUGAGCACGUGAUAAAAUAGCGGUAGAGGAUGUACUACGUGAAAAAGAAGUCCCAGUACAACCUUCUAAGCAGCAGCAUGGAGAGCCUGGGGAGCCGUGGCGCCCCGGCCAGCCCGUACGGCUCGGAGCAGGCAUCUUCGUCGGCGGUGCCCACUCCAUCUCCAUACUCUCAGCCCAACUCCACCUUCGAGGGUCUGUCCCCGGCUCCAGCCAUCCCAUCCAACACUGACUACCCGGGGCCCCACGCCUUCCAUGUAUCUUUCCAGCAGUCCAGCACGGCCAAGUCUGCAACGUGGACGUACUCUCCUCUACUGAAAAAGCUCUACUGUCAGAUCGCUAAGACCUGUCCCAUCCAGAUCAAGCUGUCGUCGGCCCCGCCCCCCGGCAGCAUCAUCCGAGCCAUGCCCGUGUACAAGAAGGCAGAGCACGUCACAGAGGUGGUCAAGCGCUGCCCCAACCACGAGUUAGGACGCGACUUUAACGACGGUCAGACAGCUCCAGCCUCUCACCUUAUCCGUGUGGAGGGAAACAACCUGAGCCAGUAUGUGGAUGACCCAGUGACAGGCCGCCAGAGCGUCUGUGUGCCCUACGAGGCUCCACAGGUGGGGACAGAGUUCACCACUAUUCUGUACAACUUCAUGUGCAACAGCAGCUGUGUGGGCGGCAUGAACCGGAGACCCAUCCUCAUCAUCAUCACUUUGGAGAGCAGAGAUGGACAGGUGCUGGGUCGGAGGUCGUUCGAGGGCCGGAUCUGUGCCUGUCCAGGGCGUGACCGUAAAGCUGAUGAGGACCACUACAGAGAACAGCAGGCCCUCACUGAGAGCUCGAACAAGAAUAGCAGUGGCAACAAACGCAACUUUAAACAGAGUCCAUCAAGUAUUCCAAGUCCCAACAUAAAUAUGAGGAAGAGGCGGCAUGGUGAAGAGGAGAUUUAUUAUAUUCCAGUGCGCGGGCGUGAGAACUUUGAGCUCCUGAUGAAGAUCAAGGACAGUCUGGAGCUGAUGGAGCUGGUGCCUCAGCCUCUGGUGGAAUCCUACAGACAGCAGACACAGCAGCAGCUCAUCCAGAGACCAAGCAACAUAGCGUCCCCUUUGUCUUACUCUCCUCUGUCCAACAUGAACAAGCUCCAUGGAGGCCUGAACAAAGCCCCUUCAGUCUCUCAGAUGGUGGGACAGUCCCAACAGAACUCGCAUAUAGGUGCGGGUAUGCUCAACAGCCACCACAUGCAAACCAAUGGAGACAUGAACGGAGGACACAGCAGUCAGACCAUAGUGUCCCACUGCAGCCCGCCCCCCAACUAUAACCCUGACCCCAGCCUCGUCAGUUUUCUGACAAAUCUGGGCUGCCAGAACUUCAUCGACUACUUCACUUCACAAGGGUUCCAGUCGGUCUACCAUCUUCAGACACUGUCCAUGGAGGAACUGGGAGCUUUGAAGAUCCCAGAGCAGUCCCGUCUAGCCAUCUGGAGAGGUCUUCAGGAAAUGAAACAGUCAUCUAUCCCCAUGGCUCCCUCUGCUCACCAUCACCACGACUACCAUGGCCAGCAGCUGCUCCGCUCUAGUAGCAACAUGGCCAUGGCCACAAUGGGGGCAAGCGGAGGGGAGCUCCAGCGUCAGAGGGUCAUGGAGGCCGUGCACUUCCGGGUCCGGCACACUAUCACCAUCCCCAACCGGGCUGUGGGGGCUGGGGGCAUGGCCACAGAUGAAUGGGCGGACUUUGGCUUUGAUAUGCCGGACUGCAAGAUGUCCCGCAACAAACACUCUAUCAAGGAGGAGUUCAUGGAGAGCGACGUUCACUGAGGAGAUGGGGUUGCUACUAUUGUCCAAAAGCAGAUCAUGUACAAGAUAUGGUAUAAGCAUCAUAUUGCUGUUUCUGAUAGCCACAAGAGUCAAGAGACCUGUAGAGUUUGAAUAAGAUGGGGCAGGUUUUAUGGUGGUUGCUUAAAUUAAAAGUGUACUAUGUAGCUUUUCGAGUUGGUCGUUAUUGUUUUGCCUGGGAUGUUCCACAGUAUAGCAUUCCACUUUAGGUCAUAUCUGUGGAGAGACAACACCACUCACAGUAAGAAAGCACUUUUUUAAGGUUAACAUUAAAACACUUGUAAUUGAAUGUAUGCAAGAUGUAAGUUUAAUGCCAAUAAUGUUAAUGUUCCAGUGUAUGGCGUGAAACUUUUUUUAAGUAAAUGUCGAUGAACAGGGGCCACCACAAAGCCAAGAUAUGCCCAAUGUCAAAUCUAUGGACAGGCAAAUAAAUACAAGCUAGAUAAGUUUAUUGCCAUACUGUGGAACAUUCUAGGCAAAAAUAACAUCAUGGAUACAAGUAGGUAAUGGACCCUCCAACAGAAAAAGUUACGUAAGUUACAUUUGAGUUCAGAGAAUAAUAAAUCUUGUCCCUAAAUGGCUAAAUCCCAAAUUUGUGGAAUUUGUUUGGAUAAUACCAAAUUGUAGAUCUGAGAAUACCGUUAAAAAUCUCAUUUGACUGUUGGACAUCUUUAUAUUCUAGAUUUUGAAAACAUUUUGCAUAUAUUCAACUAUAGGCCUGUGUCUGAUUUGUACUGCAGAAAGGCAAUGCUAGAAUACAUUUGAUUUACUUAAAAAGCAAAGGUGUCAUACUUUUGGUGCAAUAUAUUACACUUGAUAUAUUAGGUCCAUUGACAUUUCAACAUUUUUUACCAUUAGUCUACAGUUCUCAUCUGACAAAUUGCCAACUGUUAUCAUUUGAUUUAUUUAUUUCUAUAGUUGUACAAAUGUAAAUACAGCGUCUUGUAAAUGUUUUGUAUUAGAUUUUCAAUGGGGCUGCACUGUAAAUGUAAAUGGAAUCUUGUGUUGGUGUAAAUGUUGUUUUUGUUUUUUUUUCUUGAAUAGGUUGCAUUUAUGUGACAUCACAACAUAUAUAUAUAUAGUAAAUGUUACAAACUGAAAAAGAAAUCACAAAUGACAGAGAAAAUGAAAUAACAAAAAGGGGAUGCCUCUAGCUUUGUCGUCAGUACACAAAUUUCCAUCCAAAAUGCAGGAACAAUUCAUGUGUAAAGGAAGUUUAAACAUUCAUUUAACUACAUAAGAUUUUACACUAUAUUUGUAAUUGUCAAAUAAUAGUUAUUACUAUCACAUCCUAAUGUGUAAAGUACAUAUAGCUGGGUCAUCAUUGACAGUAUUUUUGCUAGUUAACAGUUAGGACUGCAGGAUUUCUUCUACAUAUAUCAAAUCUGCUGCCUUUGUCCAAAAAUAAAGUCAAUCAAAAAUCACCAAAUUUAAGAGAAACUUAAACCUAUCUUGACCUAUGUUGAUAUUCUGAAAUUGUGAAAUAACCAAUAUUCUAGAAUGUGAACGCAACCUAUUGAUAGCAGUGAUGCUAGAGGUGUUCUACAUAUGUCUCUAUGGUGGAAUGUUCAGCAGUUACCAUGGAGACAUAAUGCACAUAAUGGCAAACACUGUCAAAAUUUUUUAAUU